AUGUCUGAUUUCGGCGAUGAUGACCUAACCCCUUGUGCACACAGCGAUGAGCCCGUGUUGGAAGAGGAUGAGGUGACCGAAUUCUACGAGCCCGAAGUCGCCGAUGACGAAGAUGGCGAGCAUGCGCACGGCGACGACCAGGACAACGUUGUCAUUUCUGGGGAUCCCUCUGCGGCUGCGAACGCCUCCAAAGACAAGUCCGUCAAGGACAAGAAGAUUCCCGACGACCAGCGCACGACAACACCAUACAUGACGAAAUACGAGAGAGCUCGUAUUCUGGGCACGCGCGCCCUACAGAUCAGCAUGAACGCGCCGGUAUUGGUGGACCUCGAGGGUGAGACGGAUCCUUUACAGAUUGCGAUCAAGGAGCUACGCGAGAAGAAGAUCCCUCUCAUCGUCCGAAGAUAUAUGCCCGACGGAUAG